AUGGCCAACUUCUAUGUCGUCACAAUCGCCCUCGUUGUGGCACUUGGGGGCUUCGUGUACGGGGUGGAUUCAGGAAUCAUUGCAACCACUCUAAGCCAUGAUACAUUCAAGCAUUACAUGCUGGGUCCAGCUGGGGUGAAUGCCGCUUUGACUGGUGCUAUCGUCUCUCUGUAUAAUGUUGGGCAGGCAAUAGGUACUUUUGCUGCAGGGUACUCAGCCAACAGAUUUAGUAGACGGUGGACCAUAUGUGCCAGUGCUGUAAUUGCCAUUAUCGGCGCCAUCUUACAGACCGCAGCUGUCAAUCCGGGCAUGAUGAUCGCAGGCCGCUUUUUCGCAGGCAUGGGUUGCGGUAUCAUCCUCACCGUCGUACCGAUCUACAUCGCCGAGGUCUCGCCUCCCCAACAACGCGGAAUGAUCGUGGGUUUGCAGGGGUUUAUGAUUGCUAUUGGAUUCUUUGUGGCCAAUUGGAUUGGCUAUGGAGGUGCGAAGACCGAAGUGAUUCAGCAGGAACGAUACGAGGAAGCCCGAGCUGUCUUAACUUCUAUUCACGGAACCGAUCAUGACGACGACGUCGCUGGACAAGAACUGGCCCACAUUCGAGCACAAAUCCAUGUUGAGGCCACUCAGGUCACCAAUUUCAGGCUCGCAGUCACCAGUCUGCUCUCUCCCCGAUACCUUCACCGCACCUUGAUGGCCUGUUUCAUCCUAAUCAUGGGCCAGUUCAGCGGCUCGUCCGUCAUCCAGAACUAUCAGAGCAGCUUUUAUGCAGCUGUGGGGUUCACUGGCAAGACUUCACUUCUGAUCAGCGGAAUCUACGGCAUCAUGGGUGUGCUAGGUCAGGUAAUCUACCUAUUUAUCGCUGCUGAUAAAUGGCCCCGAACUCGCACGCUGUGGGUUGGAUCUAUCUUUCUCUCGGUUAUGGUUGCCAUCUGCAUGGCGCUAUCUGCCUCAUACGGCAGCGCGAGCAAUACCAACAUUAGUGGUGCCCGUGCCGCAAUUGCCAUGAUCUUUUUGUACUCCGGAGGCUAUGCUGUCUUCUUCAACGCUACCAUCUGGGUUGUGCCUUCCGAACUAUUUCCCUUCUUCCUGCGCUCAACAGGCAUGGGUCUAGCCGUAUUUACCAAGGCAGUAGCGGCCAUUGUCCUGUCUCAGAUAACACCAACUGCGUUGCAAAAUGUCGGUUGGCGAUAUUAUUCGCUGUUCAUUGCUACCAACUUUGUGGCUGCAUUUGUGUAUUUCUUCUUGCUUCCAGAAACUGGAGGUAAGUCUCUGGAAGAGAUUGCGGAGUUGUUUGGAGAUGCCCUAGCAGCGGAGCCGUCUGAUAAAAUCGAGGCUGAAGAAAAAGCUGUUCCUUACAACGAGCAAGCCGACUUAGAGUCAAAAACUUUCGGAACCGCUCAUUUAGAGAAGACCGUCUAG